AUGAUGUUCUCUUACACCAACGGAGUUGAUGAUGUCACCAGAACUGUUUUUCUGAUUACAUCUCUUUUGUGUUUCACCUUCUUCUCCUACUUCAUCGCCAUUAUGCUGAAGGUCUUCUUCACCACUCCUCACAUGCAGGAGAACCCUCGAUACGUCCUUUUUGUCAACAUGCUCAUCAAUGACACGUUGUUUAUGAUCUCAACAAAUUUCAUUGUAGUGUCUUACAUGAAUUCUAUUUAUUUCCCCAUAAUAGUCUGUUUCAUCAUUCAAAGCUUCUUCGGCACUUUCUUUCUAGUGACCCCAUACAACUUGGCCGUCAUGUCUCUAGAACUUUACAUAGCCAUAUGUUUCCCACUGAGACAUGUACAGUUUUGUACACCAAGGAGAACUAAAUAUGCAAUUGCUGUGAUCUGGGCCGUAGGGCUGUCUCUAAGUAGUAUAAACUUCAUUACUGUGAUCUACUUUGCAGAAAGAAACUCAUAUUCCCUUUAUGAGUUGUGUGGUGCUAUAAAGAUAAUAAGCCCCAUACAAAAUGUGGUCAGGGCCUUCAACAAUAUUCUUAGCUUCACCAUGGUGGCCUUGAUCAUUGUAUUUACCUACAUUAAUGUCAUGCUGGUUGCUAGGAGGGUCGGUUCUGGUCGUUCUUCAGCCAUUAAAGCUGGGAAAACUGUGAUGCUCCAUGCCUUCCAACUCAUGUUGUGUACAGCCUCCUUAAUCUCGACCGUAACCGAGACCUAUGUGAACAAUUACAUGUUUUACUUAAUCAUUUCAAACUACGUUUUGUUCACAUGUGUGCCCAGAUUCCUCAGUCCGGUCAUCUAUGGAGUAAGAGAAGAAGAUUUCCGAAAACAUAUAAGAAAAUAUUGCACAAUAUCUUGUGUCUGUCGUCCACAACAAGGUUUUGAAAAAUAA